GGCCGGGCUGGGGCGGCACCGCCGGGAGGGAGAGGAACCGGGCGAGGAGGAAGGAAUAAUGGCAGGAGUCCCUGGUGCCUUGAGGAGCAGAAUGACUGUCUUGCAUCUCUGUUUUGAGGAGAGGGCAUAGAAGCUCUGCUGCCACUGCGCUCUCCCGAGGUGUGUGGUUAAAAAUGGUGCAGAAAUACCAGUCCCCAGUUCGAGUCUACAAAUACCCCUUUGAGCUCGUCAUGGCAGCGUACGAGAAGCGCUUCCCUACGUGUCCAGAGAUCCCAGUGUUCCUGGGGAGUGAAAUCCUGCACGAAUCCAGGAGCGAGGACGGGGCUAUUCACGUCAUCGAGCGGAGCUGCAAACUGAACGUGGACGCUCCCAGGCUGCUGAAGAAGAUUGCAGGGGUGGAGCAUGUCUUCUUCAUCCAGAGGAACACCGUGAACUGGAGGGAGCGAACCCUCCGCAUCGAGGCCCACAACGAGACCUUCGCCAACCGCGUCGUGGUGCGGGAGACCUGCAGCUACUCAGUGCACCCUGAGAACGAGGAGUGGACGUGCUUCGAGCAGUCGGCGUCUCUCGACAUCAAGUCCUUCUUUGGCUUCGAGAGCACGGUGGAGAAAAUCGCCAUGAAGCAGUACACCUCCAACAUCAAACGGGGCAAGGAGGUGAUUGAGCACUACCUGAAGGAGCUGAUCUCCCAGGGGAUCACGUUCAUCCCACGCUGGAGCCCUCCGGCCGGGAGCGGGCAGGAUGAGCCGAGCCCGGCUCUGGAACACGAGGCUGGUGACAUCCCACUGGAUUCUGGGGCUCCUGGGUCCCCCUGCCCUUCUGCAGAGGCUGCCAGCCCUGAUGCUGACAAGCUGGACGCCGAUUACAUCGAGCGCUACCUGGGCCAGCUGACGCCCCUGCAGGAGAGCUGCCUGAUCCGCCUGCGCCAGUGGCUGCAGGAGACACACAAGGGCAAGAUCCCCAAGGACGAGCACAUCCUGCGCUUCCUGCGCGCUCGCGACUUCAACAUCGACAAGGCCCGGGAGAUGCUGUGCCAGUCGCUGGCGUGGCGCAAGCAGUACCAGGUGGAUUAUAUCCUGCAGUCCUGGAGGCCCCCUGCCCUCCUGCAGGAGUACUACACGGGGGGGUGGCACUACCAGGACAAAGAUGGGCGGCCGCUCUACAUCCUCCGCCUCGGCCAGAUGGACACCAAGGGUUUGGUGAAAGCUCUGGGAGAGGAGUCCCUGCUGCGACACGUUCUGUCCAUUAACGAGGAAGGGCAAAAGAGAUGUGAGGAAAACACCAACAUCUUUGGCCGCCCCAUCACAUCCUGGACGUGCCUGGUGGACUUGGAAGGGCUCAACAUGCGUCACCUGUGGCGGCCUGGGGUGAAGGCCCUGCUCCGGAUCAUCGAGGUGGUGGAGGACAAUUACCCCGAAACCCUGGGCAGGCUCCUCAUCGUGAGAGCACCCCGGGUGUUCCCUGUGCUCUGGACCCUGGUCAGUCCCUUUAUCAAUGAGAACACACGGCAGAAGUUCCUCAUUUACAGUGGGAAUAACUACCAGGGCUCAGGAGGGCUGGUGGACUAUGUGGAUAAAGAGGUGAUCCCAGACUUCCUGGGAGGAGACUGCAUGUGCACUGUCCCAGAAGGUGGCCUUGUCCCCAAGUCACUGUACCAAACCGAGGACGAGCCAGAGAACGCUGAUCACAUCCGGCUGUGGACAGAAACCAUUUACCACUCUGCAAGUGUGCUCAGAGGAGCUCCACACGAGAUAGUCGUGGAGAUUCUGGAAGGGGAAUCCGUCAUCACCUGGGACUUCGACAUCCUGAAGGGGGACGUGGUGUUCAGCCUCUUCCACUCCAAACGAGCUCCUGAGCCAAGUUGUCACAAGGAAUCCACGUUACCAGGUCCCUGUGCUGGGGACAACGUGCAGCUCAUCGACAGGACCUGGGUGCUGGGCGUGGAUUUCAGCCGCGUGGAAUCCCCGCUGGUCUGCCGGGAAGGGGAGAGCAUCCAGGGGUCGCACGUGACGCGCUGGCCGGGGUUUUACAUCCUGCAGUGGAAGAUGCACGGGCCGCCCCCCUGCUCCGGCUCCAGCCUGCCCCGCGUGGACGAUGUCCUGGCCUCCCUGCAGGGCUCCGGCCACAAGUGCAAACUCAUCUACUUCUACGAGGUGUUGGCCUCCAAGGACUUCAGGGGAUCCAUGUCCAGCCUGGAAUCUUGCAACAGCGGCUUCUCCCAGCUGAGUGGAGUCACGACAUCCUCCAGCCAGUCCCAGAGCAGCUCCCACCUUUCCAGAUAGCAGAGCCAAGGCUGCAGGGAGAGACCACCUGGGGCUUCCCGGCCCCGCAGCUGCUCCGAGCCCCAAACCAAAGAGCCCCAGGGCUGAGCCUUGGGCAGUUGUGUGGCAGCCACUGGGACACAGAGAGGCCUCUGGGAGCUGCUCAAACCACGAGACCUGGAAUUCCACUGGCAGAUGUGGA